CAGAGGCAGGGACAAAGGCGGGGAGGGCGAAGGGAGGCGGCGCCGGGGCGGCCGGAGGGCGGCGUGGGGAGCGGAGCGCGGCGGGGCCGGGCGGCGGCACCUUGCAGCGGGCAGGAGUAACCUUGUUCGUCUCCUGUCGAUCUUUGCUUUCCCUGGCCGCCAUCGAGACUGAUGAGGAAUGGAGUCCUAAAACAUCUGCAGUCAUGAAGAUGCCGGGCACACGCAGAUGAGCAGUAGGGAGUUUGUGCCCGUUGCCUCUUGUCCUGUUGCUACAUACCACCAAGAAGAGUCUGGCUCCAUCUUCUUUACGCCCCAUAUCAGGUAUUUGAACUUGCUUUUCUCAACUCUGAAUUCAGUUCGUCAACUGAACCCUCGUGCUUGAUACGGGGUCCAUUUUAUCUUGGGAAAGUAUUCGUUCUUCCACUUUCCCCAGCCUUGAAGGCGAACCAGAACUUUAAGGGAGCAAUGUGCAACUGAAGCAAUUUCCGUGAUUUCAUUGACAGCCUCUACGCCUGAAGAUGUCCAACAAUGGAGUUGAAACAGAAGACAAACCGCCUGCUCCUCCGAUGAGAAACACCAGCACCAUGAUUGGAUCGGGAAGCAAAGACACUGGGACUUUAAACCAUGGCUCAAAACCUUUGCCUCCCAACCCAGAAGAAAAGAAAAAGAGGGACCGAUUUUACCGAUCUAUUUUACCGGGAGAUAAAACCAAUAAAAAGAAAGAGAAAGAACGGCCAGAGAUCUCCCUCCCUUCCGACUUUGAACACACAAUUCACGUGGGGUUUGAUGCAGUCACGGGAGAAUUCACAGGAAUGCCGGAGCAGUGGGCGCGCUUACUGCAGACUUCCAACAUCACCAAGCUGGAGCAGAAGAAGAACCCCCAGGCGGUGCUGGACGUGCUGGAGUUUUACAACUCCAAGAAGACCUCUAGCAGCCAGAAGUACAUGAGUUUCACAGAUAAAUUGGCGGAGGAUUACAAUUCAUCAAAUACGCUGAAUGUGAAAGCCGUGUCUGAGACCCCUGCAGUGCCCUCAGUGUCUGAAGACGAAGAUGAUGAAGAUGAUGCAGCUCCACCCCCUGUGAUAGCUCCACGACCUGAACACACAAAAUCCAUAUACACCCGCUCUGUGAUAGACCCUCUUCCUCCUCCUACCAGAGAUGCGGCCACCUCUCCUAUUCCUUCUCCCUCGGAAAACAGCACAACGGCACCUGACUUGCUGGUCAGGAACACAGAGAAGCAAAAGAAAAAGCCAAAAAUGUCAGAUGAAGAGAUCCUGGAAAAAUUAAGAAGUAUCGUGAGUGUCGGUGAUCCAAAAAAGAAGUACACGCGCUUUGAGAAGAUUGGGCAAGGAGCCUCAGGUACAGUUUACACAGCAAUGGAUGUAGCUACAGGACAGGAGGUUGCAAUCAAACAGAUGAAUUUGCAGCAGCAGCCCAAAAAAGAACUGAUUAUCAAUGAAAUCCUGGUAAUGAGGGAAAACAAAAACCCCAACAUCGUCAACUACUUGGACAGCUACCUUGUAGGAGAAGAGCUCUGGGUCGUCAUGGAGUACUUGGCAGGAGGCUCCCUAACAGAUGUUGUGACAGAGACCUGCAUGGACGAAGGACAAAUCGCAGCUGUGUGCCGAGAGUGUCUCCAGGCUCUGGAAUUCCUCCACUCGAACCAAGUUAUUCACAGAGACAUCAAGAGUGACAACAUCCUGCUGGGCAUGGACGGCUCUGUCAAACUAACUGACUUUGGCUUCUGUGCCCAGAUCACUCCCGAACAGAGCAAGCGCAGCACCAUGGUGGGGACCCCGUACUGGAUGGCGCCUGAAGUGGUGACACGAAAAGCCUACGGGCCCAAAGUGGAUAUCUGGUCACUGGGGAUAAUGGCCAUCGAGAUGAUCGAAGGAGAACCCCCCUACCUCAAUGAGAACCCCCUGAGAGCCCUGUAUCUCAUUGCUACUAACGGGACUCCAGAACUGCAGAAUCCAGAAAAGCUUUCACCCAUAUUCCGAGACUUCUUAAAUCGCUGUCUUGAAAUGGACGUGGAAAAAAGAGGUUCUGCAAAAGAGCUGCUGCAGCACCAGUUCCUGAAAAUUGCAAAGCCUCUUUCUAGUCUCACUCCUCUGAUUAUUGCUGCUAAAGAAGCAGCAAAGAACAACCAUUAAAGCGGGGGAGUCAGCACAGCCGUCGUGUCAAGCCUUUUAGAUGUUCCCUUCAGAAACCGAAUUACCUGUCCCUGUCCCCUCCUGCUCCUCCUUCACAGGGGUGUUCUUAAAACUGUGAUCUGCCUUGAAGGGUAGCAGAUGUAUUGUUUGCUGAAUGUGGAAGGGCACGCAGCAGGUACGCUGCUGAUCUUGCGUAGUGAACUGUCUUUCCAUCCUCCUUGAUGGGCACGGUAGGGGAAGGGUAUAUUUUAUGGCUGGGAAGAUCUUCUGAGAACAUCUGAACCUGACCUACCCGUAGCAAAGCCAGUUUGUUUUCGUAUUUCUUACUGUGUUUAUUUUUAAAGAUAAUGUGGAGCCUUUACACCAUGUUUAUCUUAAUAAAUUAAAUCUUUUGCUGGCUGGACUCCUCCUGCUUCUGCCAAGCUGCUCUUCCAGCACUGAGGCUGCUCUCUGCUUUGGAUGACUUGAGGAGGGAAGGAAGCAGGCAGCAGCAAUCGGAACAGCUAAAACAGCUGGAAGGGGAACGAGGGCAGGACCAUGCAGCCCUCCUGCAGCACCGCUGGAUGCUUCGAGGGAGCAAGGAGGAAGCCUGUGUGUGCUUCUUGCAGCUGCUGGACAACGCGUGAUCUUUUUGCCAAAUUGUGCGAAUCAAGGUCCUUCCCCGCACACUUUAGUUUCAACUCAACUAAUUUUCAAAUAGUUCUGAUACUCUAGAAAAAUCACAGGAAAAAUCAACUGGGAUUUCUUUUAGGGUUAUUUUAUUAGUGCUGUCAGGCUUCGUGGAGACCUGCCCUGAAAGGUAAAGCAAGCAGAACAAUUGCUAUUAUGAAGAUAAGAUCUGCCUGCAAGAUGAUGUUGAAAACUCUUGCUUCUUAGACCAAGGCCAACAGAAAACAACCUGAUCAUGGACAGUGUUUCCUUGGAAGCAUAGGGGCAUUCUUUUUUUUUUUUUUUUUUUUUUGAAAUGAGCGAGUGAACUGAUAUCUUUAUGCUACUGACUCCUUUGGUUGCUAAUGAUACGUAAAACAACAGCAAUCCUGGAACUACUAGAGAGAUCGGGUGUAAACACUGGCGUUAUGUUGAACUGUAUCCUGAUUUUUAAUAAAACGACUGCUGCAUUUCUUAACUCGGGGCUGAGAGAGGGUUGGAGAAUUCACUGCCACCAGACAAUUCUGUCGGAUGGGAUGGGUUUUCAUGUUAUUGUCACUGGGUGCUUGCAAGUGAUGCAUUAAGUGAUACAAGCUUCUGUAGUCCUGUGGGAUAGCGAGUGGCUCUGAAGAGGAGUAACUGCACACAGAGGGAACGGAUAAAAGAUCUUGCUUUCUCUGUACGUAUUGCUUUGGUCAGUUCCAGGGUGAGUUUAAUCCAGCUCUCCUCUCCCCAAAGCACUUGUGUUGCACAGAAACUCAUUCCUGCUUCUUGCUGAGACCUGCUGCUGGAUCAGUCCUUUCCUCCCUGCCCUGGGCUUGUGAUUGAAAUAUAUACAUAUAUUUUUCCCCAUUCACUCUACGAUACGUGACGGCCCUUGCACUGGUUUUACAGGCGUAGAUAAAGCCUGUAAGGUCCCUUGCUUUUUUUGGUGUCUUCUCCCAUCCUUCAGGCUACAGGGUGGCCACUGUUUGACGUGAGGCUGUAAUGUCUGAAGUCCAUUGCCAAAGCUUCUGCCUUCCUCCCCUUGUAUACAUUCUUCAGACACAGACACAGACACAGAUUUCUAGGUUGGAAGAGACCUCAAGAUCAUCGAGUCCAACCUCCGACCUAACACUAAGUACUCCACUAAACCAUAUCGCUAAGAUGUAACCGUAUCGCUAAGAUUGAGCUUUCAUGUAAUAUGAAAAAUUUCCCCUUACAAGAUGAAUUCCUUGGGCAGAGCAGCAAAGCUGCCAGCCCUGGGGGGAGCCUGAUCUCUUGAUGAGCUCCUCUGCUUGGGGCUGGGGUGGAGACUGGGAAAGGGAAGGCCACUACCCUCGAAUAAUUCUCUUUGGUGAGGAGUUUGGUUUUAUUUUCUAUGCAAGUCUCAAAAUGCCAUGUGUGGGGUGGAAGGAAUGAUGGGCUAGAUCUCACUUGAUCUAAAAUCUAAUGUGGCUCUGGUCUUAUUGACCCAUCAAUUGCCUUUUUUUGACAGCACAGGAUUAAACCUGAUCCAUGAAUGCAUUGAAUGUUGCUGACUUCCCUUCGCCUUCCCUUCCCGCUCCAUCCUUGGCACCCCUUUGAGAUGAGAGUGGUAAUGCAGAUGUGCCCUACCUGCGAGCAAAUCCGUGAGCUUAUUUUUCUGCAGGAGGAAAAAUGGUAAAAAGGGUUACUUGUAUUUAAGUUACUCUCCUGGAUUCUCUGUUGCCUAUUGGAAAGGAAUCUGCAUGAGUGACUGUUUCUCCCCAUUCUUAAGCUCGUGAUGUGCUUCUGUCUCAUUGACUUCAACUGUGAAUUGGUCCUUACUGGUUUGGCAAGGACUGAGAGCUAUGCACUGGGAAGCUGUAAGACAGUGACUGUAGACAUGUCAUGGGUUUUAUUUUAUUUUUUACCUGCCUAUGAUGCGAAAGAAUUUGACUUGCUACUUUGUACCUAGCCCCAGUUCCAAGUUGACAGACGCGUCAUGUUUUCACGUUCUCAGAAAUCUCAAAAAAAUAAAUAAAAUGUAGUUAGCUUAGGAGAACGAGGUAUAUAUAUUUUUUUUUGAGAUAUGGAUCCUUCUCUCUACUCUUACGUUCAUCUGGGCAUCGCCCAGCUUCAGCGCUGGUGGCAGCUUUUGCAUAGCCUCUUACAGCACUUUCUGGUCACUACAGAGAGCUGUUAGCACAAGUGUCUGACUUAAAAAUUUUCCUCUGUGGCUUUUUUUUUUUUUUUCUGAGAACAUCUUUACUGUUGGGAUUUGAAAGCAACUUCCAACUAGAGAACUGCUUUGGUGGCAUUUUAAAAUAUAUAUUUUUAAUAUACCUACUGUACGAACUAACUCUACUGAGUCUGAACCAUUUUUAAUCACAGUCCUUAAUUAUUUAUUUGAUUAUUAGAUUCUCUCUUCUAUAUUAGAACAUGAAAUAUUCAGUUGUUUGACUAUCCAUCCUGAAAACCUGCUUCCUUUUUAAGGAAUCCUCAGUGAUCCUAUCAGGUGAGGUGCCGAAAUGGCACAAUGUGCUACAGCUCCCAGAGCUCCUGGUGGAGGCAGAAGGUAAAACUCAUCUCUUUUUUUUCCAGAGCACUGAAGGUUAUCGUAUUUAAGAAGCAGCUGGUACAUUGAAAACUUAUUUAAAGAGCUGAUAUCGAGUUGUGUUACUGCAGCCCUAGGUUUUCUUUAAACAAAUGAUUGGUUUCAGUUCAGUGGGGCCAAGAGUUUGGGUAUGAGUGGGGCUGGCUGAGCUGAGAUCGCUUCUGAGCUGAGAUCUCUGUUAGUAUCCCAACGUCUGUCUCAAGGUAUCACGGGUUGGUAUCACUAGAUGAUAUUUACCAUGCAAGGAUGGGGUGAAGUGGCCUGUAGGCUGCUGGUACUUCAAGUUUGCUGAGCUCAGCUGGCAGUGAAAGGUCCAGCCCAAAGUCCAAGAAGAAGGGUACGUAUUUGCACGUAUUUCUUAAUUAUGAGCUUGCAAAUUAUAGAACAUCUUUCAUAUGGAAGCUGUCAAAGGUGAAGGCUGAGUCUGUUUGUCUCCCUAGCGUAAAAUACGGAGACUUUUCAAUGGCUUAUUUUGAUAGUAAUAGAGAACAUGUGGAUGUAUUUUGGGGUUGUAAACACACUGGAUUGAGCGUAUAGAUAAUGUCCUAGAGCGGAUCUCAUGGUUUGCUGCUAAUGACAGCUCUCAGCACCAAGGCUGGGGUCUUAGAGAAGCAGGGAGCUGCCGGUGGUGGCAAAACAGCGAUGCCGGCGGGGGCUGGAUGGAAACUUGCAGCCGAAAUGGAUGCCCCCAGGAAAGGGGUGGGAGGGCAACAGAGGAUGGUGUUGGUCUGAGGAAGAAGAUGGGUGCUGGGGUAGGUGGAAGCAAAAGGUAAAAUCUCAGUUUCCCAACUGCCGAGGGAAUUUGGAGGGUGCUGGAGCAGCCUGCGGUGGAUUGAGGCAUCCUGUUUGGGAGCAGAGAGGAACGGGGGGCUCCUGUGCAAUGAAGGGGUGCUCAGAGUGGGGACUGAGGCUUAUGUCUUUGAGCUACAGCCCAUGCAAAGUGAGCUGGAGCUAAUCUGACCUGCUGCCAGGUGUCUGUGUGUCUUGCCUGCUGGGAAAUAACAAGGUCCUUUGCCGUUUAAAAAUCAGCUGGAAAACGUGUUUCUCUUUCUUUGUACUGCCUCAGCGUAACUUUCCGGUAGUGCCCGGUUUGUUACGGUCAGCUCAGCCAUUUAGAAAGCAAAACUGAAACCUUAAAUAAAACCUGAAUGAAUGACCUGC